AUGGGAGGAGAAAAGAAACCAUUCGAAAUCGCCAUCAUUGGGGGAGGCAUAGCUGGAAUAAUCCUCGCCAUUUCGCUCGCUAAACGCAACGUACCCUGCAUCAUCUACGAGAAGGCCCAUGCCUAUACCGAGCUUGGAGUCGGCUUGGGAGUUUCGCCAAAUGCUCUCAGGGCAAUGAUAACUUGUGAUCCGGUGAUUCUCGAGGCCCUCGAAAGCGUGGCCGAGCCUCCUUUCCGUUGGGAGGUGUUUGACGGUACGGAUGAAGCAAACGAGGACACUGUUCUUUUCACACUUGGAAAUUCUACUACAGGACUUAGGGGUUGUCACCGAGGCCAGUUCUUAACACACUUGCUCAAACAUGUUCCCGAUGACACGAUACAUUACAGUAAGGAACUGGAAAGCAUUGAAGGGCCAGAAGAAACGGGCAAACGACUUCGAAUGAUCUUCCGAGACGGAUCAACCGCUGAGGCUGAUGGAAUAAUCGGAUGCGAUGGGAUCAAAUCGCACACAAGAGGCAUCGUCAUAGGUCACGAUCACGCGGCUACGAAGUGCACCUAUACCCAUAAGUACACCUACCGCGGUUUGAUACCGAUGAGUCAAGCCGUACAGAUCUUGGGCCCAGACAGAGCAAGAACCUCCGGGCUGUGGGUCUGCAACGAUGCACACAUAGUCACCUACCCGGUGGCUCAUGGAAAAAUGCUAAAUUUGGUCGCUCACACCUCAACCACCGAGGAGUGGCCGAGCGAGACCCAAUUCACACUUCCUGCUACAGUAGAUGACUGCAUCAAAGAUCUCAAAGCUUUCAGUCCGCGAAUGCAGAAGGCGAUACAGCUUUUGAAAGUUCUGGAUAGGUGGGCUUUAUUCGAUCUAGGUGAUGGCUCGGUCCCUACAUUUGCGAAGGGCCGUAUAUGCCUUCUUGGAGACGCAGCACACGCAUCUACCCCGCAUCAAGGUGCUGGAGCGGGCAUAUGCGUUGAAGACGCAGCAGUCAUGGCAUCGCUGUUGGCAGACCAAAAGGUUCGAGAUAGUACAGCGAUUGAGGCUGCGUUUGCUGCAUUCGAUGCCAGCCGUCGGGAAAGAGGUCAAUGGCUUAUUCGGGAGAGUCGAAGGGCUGGCGAACUGUACGAUCUCCGGACGGAGCAUGGGAAAGACUUUGAUAAGCUACGCGAGGAAAUCUUUUCGCAGGCAGAGGAGUUGUGGAAUUUUGACCUCGACAGAAACAUCAGAGAUGCGUUGGAGGACAUGAGACGUCGUCUAGCUGCAGAAUACACUCCGAAGGUUAUUUGUGAACAACGUCAACUUUUUGGGACUGUAGUGUCACCUACAAAUCAACCCCCAGCUUUUAACGAGAUUCUACGUUCCAAAAGAGAAAUUAUGCCCGCAGAUUUCGACAAGCAAAGUUACUGGGGCGAGCGCUUCGCAUCCGAGACCAAUUUUGAGUGGUUAACCUCGUCUGCAACCUUCAUGUCGAUCGUGGACCCAUGUCUCACCAAUCUGGACGACUCGGCUCGCAUCUUGCAGCUAGGUUUCGGAACGAGCGACCUGCAGAACCAUAUCCGGGCAAGAGGUUUUCAAAACAUUACCAACGUUGACUUCGAGCCUCGAGCCAUUGAUCGCGGCCGUAUGCUAGAAAAGCAAGUAUUUGGUGACGUGAGAAUGCGCUACCUCGUUGCAGAUGCCACGCAGCUCCAGCUCGAAGAGACGUACGAUCUGAUCAUCGACAAAAGCACUGUGGACGCAGUUUCCUGUGGAGGCGAAGAGUCGGUAUUAAGAAUGGCAGAAGGAGUGGGACGACACUUGACCGACGGGGGCUUCUGGAUCUCGUUGAGUUAUUCCUCCGGCCGCUUCGACGUUGAAAACCUACCUUUCGAUGUUGAGGUUUUUGCGAAGAUCCCUACGCCUAGGCUAAAGCCAACCGACCCCGAUAUCUACCAUUGGUGUUAUUUGCUAACGCCAAAGGCUUUGUAA